GACGCCACCACCGCGCGACAGCCUACCGGUGUGACGUCAGCGCGCGUGCGCAGUUUGGCGCCGCCGGGAAGGUCGCAGCGGUGACCGGCCCAACAGCCGCCGCCGCCGCCUCCGCCAUGUUGUCAGUGGCCGCCCGCUCCGGGCCCUUCGCGCCCUACCUGUCGGCCGCAGCGCACGCCGUGCCCGGCCCGCUGAAGCCGCUGGCGCCGGCGGUGGCGCGUCGGGCCGAGAAGGUGCCGCUGGACGCGAAGCGGCCUCUGCUCUGCCGGGAGUCGAUGAACGGCCGGUCGGCCCGGGGGGGCCUCGUCGCCGGCGCCAGCCUCAACGCACCUGCCAGUGUUCGUUGCGUCCAUAAUGAUGUCGCAGUACCUGACUUCUCUGCCUAUCGUCGUCAAGAUGUGCUAGAUGCCACCACAUCUUCUCAAGGCAGCAGUGAAGCUAGAAAAGGGUUUUCCUACCUGGUGACUGCAACGACAUGCGUAGCAACUGCAUAUGCUGCUAAGAAUGUUGUCACCCAGUUUAUUUCCAGCCUGAGUGCCUCUGCUGAUGUGCUAGCGUUGUCAAAGAUCGAGAUCAAGUUAUCUGACAUUCCAGAAGGCAAGAACAUGGCUUUCAAGUGGAGAGGGAAGCCCCUUUUUGUGCGUCACAGAACCCAGGCAGAGAUUAAUCAGGAAGCUGAAGUUGAUUUAUCUAAACUGAGGGAUCCGCAGCAUGACUUAGACAGAGUAAAGAAACCAGAAUGGGUCAUAUUAGUAGGUGUCUGCACUCAUCUUGGUUGCGUACCCAUUGCUAACUCUGGAGAUUUUGGCGGUUAUUACUGCCCUUGCCAUGGCUCCCAUUACGAUGCCUCUGGCAGAAUCAGGAAAGGUCCCGCUCCCUAUAACCUUGAGGUUCCGACUUACCAGUUUCUUGGUGAUGAUAUGGUGGUUGUUGGCUGAAUAACGAAGCGCUUGCUCACUUUCGUGUUCUGUGAAUGUACAUUCAAAUGGGUUAACUGAGAUUCUGGAAUACUGUAAAACCAGAUGAUUCUGAAAACAUAGUAGCUGUCUAGAUUCUCAACCAGAAGUAUGUUUGAAUACUUCCCUGUGUUCGAUUUUAAUAAAAACUCGGAGUGAGCACUUGUUCCUGACUUAAAA